GUUUUCUCUAUCCAAGAACUGAAGGCAUAAUGUAGGAUGGGGCUGUGCGGAAAUUUUACCUCUUAAUCAAAUCAGCGCGAGUGUGAAAUAACACUGAGACCGAACCGGAACACACCGGUAGCUAGAAGGCAAUUCUGUUUAGACCAGUGCAGUUUUUAUAUCAGCUUUUUCCAUUCUUUAACUUCAAAGUUGCCGAAAAGCAAUUUCCCAUGGUUUCUAAGAAAGCCCAAAGGUCAUUAAAAACAAAGUCUUGUUAAGUCGCCAAGUUUGUUCAAUGUCGGUAAUAAAUCUUCCGGAAAGCGCAACCAAUAUGGCACAUUCCUGAAUGGUACUGCAAAUUUAAUUUGUGUCUGACACUUCGAAAAAAAUCUCUUGCUUGGAAACCACAGACUAGGAAGGGUGAUAUCAUUGAGGUGUCGCAUGGAAUGUAACAACUUUACUAUUUCAUCCAAUGAAUGGUUACCUUGUUUAGGCUCUGACCAGUGUUUUUGGUAAGAACAUAUUUUUCAAAUCACUUGAUCACCCUGGGUAGAGGUUACUAAAACCGGAAAAAGAGAAGGAAGAAAAUUAAGAAAGCACAAUGGCUUUGAGACGCAGUGGCAAUAGCCACAACAAUCGAACUUUUCAGCUUUAUUCAAUUGUAGAGUGAAAUAUGUAGGAUUCCAUCAACUGCUUGGAUUGGAUGUAGCGAUAACUGUUUGUCCUGGAGGAAGAGACGGUGACAAGUAUUUUCGUAAAAUAUUUAUAUCAGGAAUUUAGUCACGAGGAUUCAAUUAAUUGUCCAAAGUUCUGGUAGCCUUCUUUUCUCCCCCUGACCCAAUAGGUCUUUGUAAUAAUUGUAAACAUACUCAAUUAGAAUAAGGUCCAUGUAAAGGUGUGAUACGCAAAAUAUGCUAGCAAUUUCUGCCAACCUAACGACCCGGAAAGUUCAGCAACCUCUGGCGAAGUGAAGACGAUGGUUCAGGUAACUUUAAGCAUAAGUUUAUUGAAAUUUAGCCAAAGAGACAGCGCAAUUAAAUACCCAUGCGUAGGAAUAUGACAUAUUUUCUAGGAAAAUGAUCGGUAAAAUUUCCGCACAGCCCAAACUAUUGUUAAACAAAUCUGAAUUGAACGCAUAAUGUAGAAAGGAGCUGUGCGGAAAUUUUACCUACAUACAUAUUUCAUUCGUGGCAAUAGGAAUUUUCAAGAGAGCUUCUAAGAAUGAUUGUAAUGAACCUUCUCUUUAGGAACAAAGAUUAACUUUUAAAGGUCAUGUUAUGAUUAAUCUUGUCUUCGGGUUCCCAACGUUCUUCAAUAUUAGUUAUUCACAUUAAAGAGAGAGUCUGGGAACUAGAUGAUCAUUCAUUUGUGAGUCAGUAAUCCACAACUGUAUUCGCGGCCAUGAGUGUGGCUUUUCAGUCAGGUGUAACUCGUAGUUACAUUUGACGCUCAGGAGAGGCGUAAAUGUAUCUUUUGGAGUUUUAGCUACAACUCCUAUCCAUCGCUUUGACCACAGUAAAAACACGUCCACGUGAACAGCUAUAAACAGAAUAACAGUCGAGUAAUGAUUGCGUUACUAAAGAUUUGGAUCUCGUGAGGAAAGAUCUUUACACUUGUCGCCGUCGAAGCUCGCGGACGUACUCAGCGAGGUAGGAUUUGGGAGGAGCAGUUCCGGUAACUGUGCUAAAGGGAACUUGAAAUAAUUUCGAAAGCAAUUUUUCGGCUAUCACACGUGGUCUUUCAGUUUUGGGAGAUGUUAGCUUCCGUAGUUUACUCGGCUUAAAUUUUUUGCAGCUUCACUUCUUUUUAACGUUUCCACAAUUCAGACUCGAAGUUAUUUCACUCAUUUUAUUUUGAUAUCUUAUGUAACGAGAAAAUGAACAGCAUCAACGGGUUGUUGUUAUUGGAGAAAUCUUUUCCGAAUGAUUCUCGUUUUUUCACAUUGGCUUGCCGAAAAUUCUCCGUUCGAAUAACGACGACGAACUCCCAAUUCUUCGCAUGCUGGUUAGACAUAAUACCACUUACGAGAGUUUUUGAACUUGCUGAAGUGCCAGCACUUCGUUUAAUAUAAAUUUACCUCUUUGUACAGACUUCGACUAAAUAUUAUUUUGAAUUCAGUGAAGGUCACUAUAAUAUUCUAACCACCAAAUUAGUAGCAAUCAAUUAUUUAAUUCGGUGUUCCGUCUUGAUAAAUCCCUAUUAAAGCUGAGGAUUUCAUUACUUCGCCAUAUUUGAAGACAAUUUUCAAGUUCUAAUAUUUUUCAACUUAACUUUUCAAAAGAUUUCUUGUUGGAAAUCAAGAUUAAAAUGGGAGUCACGAUAUUGUGUUUACAUACUUAGAGCUUAAUUUAUGCAAAGUAAAACCUUUGCUGAUUCAUUGUAACGAAUGGAAAUACACUCGCUAUUUGCUGCAUUUCAUUUGUUGUUGUUCUUGGCCAAUACAAGCUGUUAUCUUUUCAAAACCCUCUACCUUACUUAUAAGAACAGGCAAGCUGUAGGGUGAGGUCGUUGUAUCAAGUUUUUGGAGGCUUAUAUUUUUGCAAAUUUAGCUCGGAAAUAAUCCCAAAAGCAACAGCACUGUAAUAACAUUUUCCCUUUUUGUUUACAGUAAUCUGCUUUGAACAAGAACCUGUCACUCAAAUGUCGCUGUAUUCCUGUGACGAUGAAUAUGAAGUAGUGGUGAUAGGAAAUGGUCCUAGUGCUUUAAGUCUGUCCUAUUUGUUAUCUGGAAAUGUACCAUACUACAUUCCUCAUCAGCAUCCAAAUGUUAUUCUUGACCAGAAGCUGUCCGAGGAACCUGGAAAAUCACUGCUGGACACUGAUUUGGAGUACUUGAGUGAGGGAUUAGAAGGGCGCUCUUUAAAUCCUGUUGCCCUGUUGUUUGACCAGUUACUGCGACCCAAUGCUGACCUGGGUAAAGACCAAGGUUCGUGUCUCAAGUGGCAUCACAAUGAAAACAGAGCUGUGAAACAUCUGGUCAUGGGGAGUGGGCCCCCUGGAGGAUCUUGGCAUCAUAUGCAGGGAUCCCAGCUGACCCUCAGCCUUAAUAACUGGCUUGAAUUACCAGGGUGUGAUUUUCAAGACUGGUUAAGGGCUCAUCGCUCUUCAACUGUGCGCAAACCAUGUAAUCUUGUCACAAAUGGAGUGAAAAGUGAUGGUUACAGUUAUGAUCGGGCAACAACAAGCCACAUUGCGGAAUACUACAAGGACUAUGUCAAUUAUACCAACAUUGCAUCAAACUUUUGGAAUGAUGCCAAGGUGUUGUCAGUCAAACGUGUUAAUCCUGCUGAUUAUACUAACUGCCACUGCAGAAUGUCUAGCAUUCACAGAGAAGGCUUCUGGGAAAUUCAAGGUGUUAGGGAGACUUUUCCGAGCAUGCCCGAACUGUUUGUUGUGCAUGCAUACAAUGUUGUCCUUGCCACAGGAAGCAAUGUCCCAAAGCUACUAGGAAUUCCUGGAGAAAACCUUCCAUUUGUCUGCCACAAGAUGGAUCGUAUAGACAGUUAUUUAGGAGAACUUAGUGAGAUUGCACAUUCAAUGGACCCAUGUCUGGUAGUAGGGGCAGGAUUAUCUGCUGCUGACUGUGUCUUAGCUCUGCGCAAUAAGGGUGUCCCAGUCAUCCAUGUGGUGCGCCGGAAUGGAAAUGAUCCUAAAAUCAUUUACAAUCAGCUACCUGGUGUGGUGUACCCAGAGUACUACAAAGUGGGCCAAAUGAUCAAAGGUGAGGUGACCACAGCAUAUGGAAAAGAUUCCUCCUAUGUGGCUUACACCAAGACUACCCUAGUGGAGAUUCGUAAAGACAAAGAGUGCAUUCUGAAGAAGGCUGAUGGAACCCUCUUUAAGCAGAAGGUCUCGAAUGUUUUUGUGUUGGUUGGUGCAGUUCCAGAUCUUUCUUUCCUGUCUGAUGUCAAUACUAGUGAACUUGGAAGUAAUCCUGCAAAGAAAAUUGAUAGCAAAGGGAAUCCUAUCAAUAUUAAUCCCUUUAGUUAUGAGACUGUUCUGGAACCAGGCUUGUUUGCGGUUGGCCCUCUGAUUGGAGACAACUUCGUCCGCUUUGGCAUUGGAGGUGCACUAGGUAUUGCAAAUCAUCUCAUGAAGGAAGAGGAAUAGUUUUCUCUCUGAACCUGGGGAAAAAAAACUUAGCACAUGGUGGAAUAUAAGAUUUAUUUAAAUAUUUAGAUGUAUUUUUUAUUAACUUUAUUCUAAUUUAAUAAUUUGUUGGUAAGACCUCAAAAAACCAAUCUUCUCUUUUUUUUAAAAUGUGGUGCAGAAAAUCAGAUUAAUAGAUAUCUUUAAGGUUGAAACAAUUACAUCCGACUCGUAGUUCAAUGUUAUGCUUCACUAAAAUUUUCCAUAUCUCAUUUACUGGUAAUUUUAGACUCGAAUGAGACAAGGUCAAAUUGCUGUCCAUCAUCAAGUUGAAGUUGUUAAGUUUCAUGUGUUCUUUUGGGUGGCUGAUAUGACCUCAGCCUUUAACAUACUGGGUAAUUGUGUUCAUGAUAUUGUUGUGUAUAAAUUGUGUAUAACCCUUACAUUGUAUCUUGAAUAGUAGAAGUUUUUUCUUUGUGUAGUUAUGGGGCAGUGAUCUAUGAGGUGCCAGAGUGUAUCAAAGAAAAAUUGGACUACUUUAAUUGUCAAAUUAUGGUACUUUUGUUUUUAUUUACAGUUUUUAUAGGGAGCCAUUUAUUUCUCUCCAAAUUUUUGUAUUUUGGCUGUGCUUGUUCAAACAAAGUUUCCUACAGAGAACUUGUGCAACAUUUGAAGGCAAUGUAACAACUUGUCAUUAGUGAAUUGUAAAAUUUUUAACUUUAAGAGUUGGACCUAUAAGUUCAUUUUACUAAACGACUAGCAAAGGCUAGAAGACUUGUAUUUAUUCCACCAUAAUAUAUAAAAGGCUUGUAGUUUGCUGGACAAAAAACACCUUUCAUUAAAAAACUGGAUUUGUCUUA